AAUGGCUGGCGAUCCUUCAAAUAACCCUGGCUGCCUUCCCCUGGAGCCCCGGGGAAAGACCCGGACACCCAGGCACACACAGGCUCCUCGAGGCCAAGGCUGCCUCGGGCGGCCCAGGCUGCCUCGGCACACCGCGGUGCCCAUACCCGGAGGUUAGGGGACAUUCGUAUGCCGGGGGCACUCACAUCGUCCCCCCGGUUGAACCACACCGCGGCGGUGCUACAGAGAAGCUGCAAAGGCUCCCCCCCACACACACAGCGCGGGGAGGUGGGGCGGCUGGUACCCAACUUUGAGGCAUCACUGCACGAAGGAUUUCCCGGAGAUUCGCGGGAAACACCGACCCCGUCCGCCGCACGGGCAGCCCCGCACCGCCGCCACCGGGGCCCCCCGUCCCUCCCCCGGCGCGGGCGAUGCCUCAGUCCCCCAGGCACACCCGGGGGGAGCCGGGGGAUUCCUGCCGCCGCUCCGGCCGUGCCGGGAAACGAGGCUACGGGAGGAGGCGGUGGCGGAGGAGGGAGCCACAAACCGGCUCAGCCGCAGGAACCCCGGGCCCCCCGCGCAGACGGGGGCCCACGGAGAGAGCCCGGGCUCCCUUCCGUCGCCCACCCUCCGCGGCAUCUCCCGACCCAGGCCGGCCGCGCCAUUUUAGACACACACACACACACACAGACACACACACACACAUACAGACACACAGACACACACCGCGCGCGCGCACGGCAGCGAGGUUUCCGCUGCCGCUGCCAGAGACAACAGGCAGCAGCCGAGCCCGGGCUGCGCAGGCGGAGCAGCGGCAGCAGUGGGAGAGAGGGACACACACACACACGCACGCACGCACGCCCACACACACACCCACGCACCGCGAGCCAGGCAGAAUUGUGCAUUUCAGGCUUGCACGCCAGGAUCGCAUCUCAUCCACCGAGGACGUCUCAAGCAACAAAAGGAAGCACACACGCUCGGAGGAGCUGCAAACAACCCCCGACCCACCCGAGCUGCAAGGCAGACCCCGCUCUCCGCCUGCCCUGGCGUUCCACGAGGUGUGUUCGCUCCCGCUCCGGUUCCUGAGCUCGCAGGGAGCCUGA